UUCAAAAAACAUUUUCAUACAUAUAUUUUUUUCUAUUCUUUUAUACUUAAGGCGUAGAGAAAAAAUGGUGAGAGUUGCGUUAGGGUUUGUUGUCUGGAUGGUGAUGAUGAUGGUUUCGCUUGGAGUUUAUAGAGCGCAGCUUUCUCCGACAUUCUACGACCAAACCUGUCCGAAUGCUCUCUCGACGAUCCGAUCUUCCAUCAGGACCGCCAUUGCUCGUGAGCGUAGGAUGGCUGCUUCUCUCAUCCGUCUCCAUUUCCACGACUGCUUUGUCAAUGGUUGCGAUGCGUCGAUUUUGCUGGAGGCAACUCCGAAAAUGGAAAGCGAAAGAGAAGCUGUGCCGAAUUCCAGAUCAGUCAGAGGAUAUGAAGUGAUCGAAAAGGCUAAAUCCCAAGUCGAUAAAAUCUGUCCAGGCGUCGUUUCUUGCGCUGAUAUCCUCACUGUCGCUGCUAGGGAUGCUUCUGAAUACGUGGGUGGUCCGAAAUGGACAGUGAAGCUCGGGAGGAGGGAUUCCACGAGAGCGUUCAAGGCUCUGGCUGAUGGAGGCGAGCUCCCUAGCUUUAAGGACAGUCUUGACCAACUCACCCGUCUCUUCUCUAGAAAGGGUCUCGACACAAGAGACUUCGUUGCUCUCUCUGGAGCUCACACGAUAGGAAAAGCUCAAUGUUUCUUGUUCAGGGAGAGGCUCUACGACAACUCGAGCGAUAUCGACAGAGGAUUUGCCGCAACUCGGAAGACAAGGUGCCCCGCUGCAGGGGGAGAUAGGAACAUGGAGGAUUUGGACAUGGUGACACCUGACUCUUUCGACAACAAUUACUACAGAAACUUGAUGCAGAAGAAAGGUCUUCUCGCGACAGAUCAGGUCCUGUUCGGCAGGGGAGCAGCCACUGACAGUGUUGUGUCGGAAUAUAGCAGAAACCCUUCUAAGUUCGCUUCUGAUUUCGCCGCCGCAAUGGUAAAGAUGGCAGACAUCGACCCUCUCACUGGCUCCGCCGGCCAAAUCCGACGGAUCUGCAGUGCCGUGAAUUAACUGAGUUCUCUUUGUCUGCUCCAAGAAUCAAGAGUUUCACAUGUUUAAUUAUGUGGUCCUUUUUCUUUUGUGUCUAAUUCCUUUUAUUCUGUGAUGUAAUUGCACCUAAUGAUCUGUCCUAAAUUUAUCUGUUUCUUAUACGAAAAAAAAAAAUAUAGUC